UUGCACUGUUUCUUUCAAAUCUCGCACACUUAUCUCCUUCUUCUGACAUGUCAUUAUAAGUGAACAAAUUACAAUAUGUAAUUAUAAAUCACUAAUUAAAUCAAACUAUAAUCAUGUUUUGAAAGUUGCAGCACAAAUGGUAUUAGUUGUUAAAAACAUUUUGGCAACACGAAUUCGAAAGAUGGAGCGGGGAGGAAUUUAAGUAGAUGAUAAUGACUGCUGGUUAUGUGAUUUCAUGAAACUGCAGGCUUUCUGACCCCUACUACUUUACGGGUCACAAAUUGAAACUGCCACUUUUUCAUUCCGAUUAUCUGAGGAGCUUUUGCCGAUUUCCGGCGCCUGAACUUGACAGCAUGCCGCCGGAAGAAACAGUUUCCAAGUCACCUCUCGACAAACCUCUCUAUCAACUCACUGACGAUGACAUUUCUCAGCUUACUCGCGAGGAUUGCCGCCGGUACCUCAAACAAAAAGGGAUGAGAAAGCCGUCAUGGAAUAAAUCACAGGCAAUUCAGCAAGUUAUAUCGUUGAAGGCUCUCCUCGAAACGACGCCGGAUACCGACGCUGGAACUCGGAAGAAACUUCACAUUCCUCGCACCGAUACUCAUGUACGGCGAGUCCAGAGAGGGAAAAAUACCUAUGGCGAACCUUCUGUUCCGGUGCCUGAUGGAAGAAAUCAGCAGGAUAAACCUGAUAUUUCCAGUCAUAUAAUCGCCCUUCCAGUCACUGCUGUUGAUAACUCAGCUCCUUUGAGAACAAUAGGCUCAGCAGAUACACCAGUAGGACAAAUGACAAUCUUCUACAGUGGCAAGGUGAAUGUCUAUGAUGAUGUGCCUGCCGACAAGGCACAAACAAUCAUGUGUCUUGCUUCAAGCCCUCUUUGUGUGUCUUCAGAAACUCCUUCAAAUGCUACUGUAGCAGCUCGACAUUCAGCAUGCUGCUUACAAGCUGCAAUUACUAAACUACGCCCAGAUACUGAUAUGGUACCGACUAUUCAAACAGUGAAAAAGAGUGAAGUUUCUCGAAUUCCUGUAGAAGAAAGCAACAGUUUAUAUGAUGAUAAUCCUGUAGAGAGCCCCGCAAGCAGGAAAGCAGCAUCAGUACAAAGAUACCUUGAGAAGCGAAAAGAAAGGUUCAAGUGGAAGAGAAAGGGAGAAAUAACUUCAUCAGCUAGCUUGGAUAUCUAUUUAAAUGAUCAAAUUGGGACUCGUACGCCAAGUGACUGCGCAAGUGGUGCUGAUCUUUGCUUCACACGCCACAUUGCACCUACAGGAAGUAGUCCCAUACAAGACAAUAUUCAGAAGAAUCCCACUUUUUCUAGUGGUCUCAAUGACAGAGAUGUCAAAGAGUGAAUGUUGUAAACUGAAUGGUUGGGGAUGCACAUCAGAUUUCUGUUUUGUCUUGAAAUGUUUGGAGGCCACAUCAUGUUCUAGCGUUUGGAUAAUUGAAUGAAGUGUGAUGCUGGUAGCACUUUUUCUCGGGACAAUAUAUGUGAAACAGCCUUCUCUUUGUAGGUUUGUCUAUAAUGUAAAUUAAGAGAAAACUAGUGAGAAAUAGUUGUCAGGUCAUGAAACGUUUUUUGCUUUUCUUAUAACAGCUAAUCUUCCUCUUCAAUAUUGAUUUUAGGCUGUAGCUUUUCCUUGUUGCUGGAACUAUCCUCAAUGAUCUUACUUGGAAUUAUAUGUCCAAUUUUGUUGUCUGUAUUUUAUCACUUUCUAAUGUGUAUUACCAAAUGCAAUUAUUUUUUCCA